CUCGCCUUUCUUCUCGAGACAACAAUGCUGACACGUUUUCUAACUUCAUCGAAGUCUAUUCACGAUGGCCGAAUAUCUCAGUCACUAUGGAACUUACUGGGUAUACCCACUCAAAUACCAGAGUGGUGAUAUUGCCUUUCCUGAAUGGUGCUCACUCUUGACGCUAUGUCUAGCACCGCUCAUUGCUCACAUUGCAGCUGGGUUUCCUGCACCAUCAUACCUAAGCUCGCGUCCCCCCAAAUGGCACGAGUCUAUCGCCCUCUAUAAUCCGACCUCGAUUUUAUGGCGAUAUGCAGCUAUUACGGAUAGACGAAUUAGGGCUAAGGCUUGGGAUAGGAAAGAUAUGGCCGGUACUAACGCGCUCUUUUGGACAUCGCAAGGCUGGGACGGCUCACAAGAGAUGAUCACCCUCAGUUUGCCACAUUGCACACAUUUACCUCAGCACAACCGGAUCAACUUAUUCUCUAGCGAGUUCAUCAAAACUGCUAUCGUUACGUUGCAGGGCGUCCAAGCCCUCGUUGGCCUUGGCCUUGCCUUAGGAGAUGGCAAAAAUUCCAAGUCCGGCUUUGUAGCCUACAUGGGAGUUGACCUAAUAUUCUUUCCUUUGGCAUUCAUCGGUCUUGUCCGUCUGUUUUGCGCAUUUUGGCUUACGGACGACUUCGCGUAUUCGACUUCGACACCACAGACCGGCUUGAAUGGCUCAGAGCUCCAGGCUAUGACUACUAAAGACUGCGAGAGGCGGAUCUCUUUAGACAGUCUCUUACACGAGGAGUUGUCGGCGCCUAUUGUGGCAGAGGAUAGGUUCUUGCCAACGUCCUACUGGGCAAGUAGAGCUUUUCGGGCUAUCUUCCUACUUCCAACCUUUCUCCUCUUAGCGAUAUGCUUGAUGUUUAUGAUACAACCUGGUGGAGGGAAGCAAUUCACCCUCACGGCAUUCCUAGUUGCACUGUUUUAUUUCAUCUUCCUCACGACGACGAUAUUUAUCUGCGGUUACUAUUUGGUCCGAGGGCAUACAUCGACUAUCCUUCCGUGCCUUGGGACAAGAUGGUACGAAGCAUACACCGGAAUCCUCGUGGGAAUGAUAUUGGUAAUAUUCGUCAUAUCCUGUAUUGAGACAAGGCAUACGGCGUGUGGAAAAUGGACUAGCGCUCCGUAUUCUGCUGGAGAUUCCGGUGCAUGUUCGGAUGGUGUGAGACCUGAUGUGAUCAGGAUGGAUUUUAACCAGCUCCCCGACUUUGGCCUAUCGACAACUAUGCCUAGAGUCAACGCUGAUAAUAAAACACUUGGAGACGGAGAUUUCUGGGUACGCAACUUCACGGGAACUUGUCUCGGUACUCUCGGCUCAACUCUUAUGAGACACGUCUCGACCUUAGAAGAGGUGGAUUUGAAUGAUCUCGCAAAGGUUACCUCAAUUAAUGAUACACUACAGCAAUACCUGCGCCAUCCUGAUGAUUAAACAUCACUGCUAAAGCAAAUUGAAGAAUGAAGACGCCAUCUUUCGCCUCCGAAUACCAAUAUUUAAUAUCGAUGCCCUCAUCAUGGCAGAUAUGUUUCGGACUUUGGAAAUCACCUACCUAUCCAUAUUGGCGGCGUCGAUGAACCGCUUCGUCUUAUCCCAGUCGUUGCUACG